AUGGGAUCCAUUUGUUUAUCAAAGCAGCAGAAUUUAGCUUCUAUUUCAUAGAGUGAUAUAGAAGUAGCUGAAGAAUAAGCUAUUAGUGAUUAAAUGAGCAUGCUUUCAUGCAAUUUUAUUUCAGCUUUGGAGCUUCAGUUUAAGAGUUCAACUUAAUCAAAUCAGAUUGAACAGACCAAUAAACUUACUUCAGAGUUAUCAUAAACUAGUCAAUAAAAUGUUAAGAAAGGUAUUUUAAAGAAUAAGAACACUCUAUAUGAACAAGAGCUGAAAUUACUGAGGAAGAUUAGUUAGGAAGAUAUUCAUUGUGAGAAACUUAAGAAUUACUUAAGAGCUCGCAAACAUUAAGGUUCAUACGAAAUACAUUUAUGA